AUGAAAGUGAUACAAUUACUAGUAAUAUACCAGGAUUCGGUGAUCCCAAUAUCUCCCACAAAAACCAUAUUAAUAUCAUUGGAUGAGAAGGAAGAAAAUGAAUUCCCAGAUAAAAAGCAUAGAGAAACGGUUAGUAAAGAGACAAUUCAAAAGAUUAAAGAGAAGAAACUUCGAGAUCAAGAGACAAUCAUAACUUCCCAGAAUACUGUUCCUAUUAUCUCCCGUGAACAAGGCUUUAUCCAGGAAAUAUCUGCAGGUCAGCGAAAAUCAUCUUGUGAUGCGGAAAAACAAGCAAUAAAGGCCAAUCAAGAUGAAAUUUUAUGCUGGUACCAUUACGUUAUCGAGUUCGAUAAUAAUAAUCAAGUUAAAGACAUUAUGAAAAUGAGCAGGUUGAUUCAAACGAUUUUAGAUCACUUUACCAAAAAGCCUGAUAUAGAAUAUACCGACGAACAGGACAAUUCUUCAGAUGAUCAAGAUUUGGAAUUACCAGAAGCUUCGAUAAAUGCAUCUACUGGAACCGAGGUAAGUGAAGUAAGUGAUACAAAUGCCAAUGAUAAUAAACCACAAUCUUUAAUUACUGCUUUAUCCGAUGAUGAGCCAGAAAAUUUCUCCGAUGAAUUCACCAAUGACAACGAAGAAGAUGGGAGUUUCUGUACUUUUUCUGAUGACGAUGAUGAAGGUUAUUAUUAUGAUUUAAAUACCAGCGAAACUUAUACAAAAUCGAACCGUUCAAUCUAUGCCUAUUAG